CCACAAUACCAAACCAAGCAGCUGCAAAAAAAAAAAAAGCAACAAGGCGCCGUUUGACUUCAUAGAAGCAUCUUUUGUGAGCUCUCUGUGGCGUGUUGAGAGGUUUUGCACACCGGCAUGGCGCGAUUUCUGUAGGAUAGGACUGUCGCAUGAUUUAUUUUCGAAUCUCGGUUUUGUAAAACGCCGCUGGCAACUGUUUAUAUUGUGUUUUUGUCCGGAUUUCAACAGCUCGCUUCUUCCAGUUUCCCUGGGUGACUUGAGUUGAUCUGCUGCUGUAAGGAUGUCAUCUGUCGGUCAAACACAAGGAAGCGCGGUUCAAGAUUCUGGAGCAGACAUUCACAAUCAAGAAAACAUGCUUUCACGACUACGCGGCGCCGCAAAGAACAGAAUUGAAAAUCGGGAAAAUGUCAACCCUAAACCAGGCAACAGGACAGUGCUGGGCGCCCUGGAGAACAAUCAGCGCCGACAGCCCAUUCUGCGCGGCGCUAAACAGGUCUCUGGGCCCCAAAUAAUUGCAUGCAAAUCUGAAGAACAUGGCAAAAGCUUUGGAGAGAAGCCCACUACAAGGCCACCUGCUUUUCAGAUCCAUGUGGAUGAGCCUGAUGGUGCAUGCUCUAAGAAACUGUCUGCCCAAAGAGCAACCAUGGAUCGCUCCCCUCUCACACUAAAUCCCACUGUGACCCGCCUAAGGCAGCCCCUCGCCACUAUCGAUCUGCCAAUGGAGGCCAGUUUUGAUUCUCCUAUGGAAAUGUCAAUAGUUGAUGGUGAGGAAAGGCCCACAAGUGUCAAUGAAGUCUCAGAUUAUGCAACAGAAAUACACACACACUUGCGGGAAAUGGAGGUCAAGUCAAAACCAAAAGCAGGUUACAUGAAGAAACAGCCUGACAUCACAAACAGCAUGCGUGCCAUUCUGGUGGACUGGUUAGUGGAGGUGGGAGAGGAGUACAAGCUCCAGAAUGAGACCCUCUACCUGGCCGUGAACUACAUCGAUCGUUUUUUGUCUUCAAUGUCUGUCCUGAGAGGAAAACUACAGCUGGUUGGCACAGCUGCUAUGCUUUUGGCUUCGAAGUUUGAGGAGAUCUACCCCCCAGAGGUGGCAGAAUUUGUUUACAUCACUGACGACACCUACACCAAAAAACAAGUGUUGAGGAUGGAGCAUCUGGUGCUAACGGUUCUCUCGUUUGAUCUCGCUGCUCCAACAAUCAAUCAGUUCCUCACCCAGUAUUUCUUGCACCAACCUGUGAGCAGCAAAGUGGAAAGCUUAUCAAUGUUUCUUGGUGAGCUGAGCUUGAUAGAUUGUGACCCCUUCCUGAAGUACCUCCCAUCUCAAACUGCUGCUGCAGCUUUCAUUUUGGCCAAUCACACAAUUGCAGGUGGAUCAUGGUCGAAGGCACUUGUUGAGAUGACUGGUUACACUUUGGAGGAUCUUACGCCGUGCAUUCAGGAUCUACAUCAGACCUACCUCGGUGCUGCUCAGCACGCACAGCAGGCUGUUAAGGAGAAAUACAAGGGUUCAAAGUACCAUGAAGUCUCUCUCAUUGAGCCUCCAGAGAAGCUGAUGCUGAACUAACCAGCUCAUCAACAUUGUGUUCAUUGGUUCCAUACCUCUGUGGGAAUUGUGCACACUCUUUUUGAAGCUUUAUUUCCAUAAGUCCCAAUAACUGAAGCCAUAGCCUCAAUUUCAGGGGAAUGGUGAGAUCUUAGUGAUAUGUACAUUUUUAUUUGCAGUCCUUAAGGAUUGUGCUUUUUUUUUUUUUUAUAUAAUGCUUGAUACAACCAGAUAUUUGUACAUUAGGUAAUCAAGCAUUGUUUUAAUAUUUCAGUGUUUGUAUUCUAUUUUUAUGAAAGUCUCCCAGCAUUGCACUUUAUCUCCUUUUUUGUUUUGACGUGACCCUCCCUUUCACAUCUUAAUAAAAGUGCUGCUGGCCUUUAAUGUG